AUGAAGCUUCAUCUAAGGUAUCGUCCAAUUCAAGAGGUUGGCUUCCUACAAGUACUUUGCAGUCGAAAAUAUUACAGGGCCAUGUGGUUGUGUUCUUUAACAGUCUUAAUUAUGAUGAUUACUUAUCACCUAAAUGGGGAAGAACUAGGUAUACGUGAGUUCGAUAGAAAGAAUUUCGUCGGAGGCAAGUUCAAACAUGCGAUAUCGCUGCUUCUAAAGAAUUCUUCGCCCACGAAUACAAAGCUGAUCUUAAAUGCAAGUCUCAGUAUAAAACAAAAAUCGACUGUGAUACAAAAUUCUACAAAAGAUGGAUCAACUCAUACAAAUGAUUGUCAACGUUGGUGUCACAAAAAAAACACUGCCAGUUCGACGUAUUUUCUCAGUGGAGUCUUGCUUGUACGAAUUUACUCCAGCGACUUGGCAAAACUCAGCACAAGAGAACUACUCCAAUGGCUUUAUUAUCUAAAGUACGCUGGUUUUGAACAUGUUUACGUGUACGAUGCUUAUGUUUAUGAGAAUGAAUCACAAAAGAACGCUCUUGAAUUCCUCGUAAAGGAAGAUUUCGUCACUUACGUGGACUGGAGUCACAACGCGUUUCCCUACUCAAUAACUGGGACUCAGGAAAGUGCCUAUCAACAUUGCUUAAAAACUUGGGGCAAUAAAUCGUAUUGGCAGGCAAGCAUCGAUAUGGAUGAGUACCCUUUCUGUCCAGAGGACACUAAACCCAAUUUUAUGCAACGUUUCAUAGCUAAUUUUUCCAGAGAACAACCUCGUGUUUCUCAGAUAACGAUGAAAAAUUUCCUGUUUCUUGGUAAACCUCUGAGCGAUAAGGAACACCCGAUCCUUAUCGACCGCCUCAAGCGGAGAACACACAGACCGGCCAACGAUUUGGUUAAACCCAUCUACAAGACUUCGCAUAUAAAGCAAUCUCAUGUCCAUCACCACGACUUGUCACAUGGCUUUUCAGUGGACGCUGAUGAAAAUAAGAUAAGACUUAACCAUUACUGGGGUGCCAGGCUUCAAAAUUGGGGAGAAGACACGCCAGAAAUUUUAUCAAAAACAAUGGAAGAUAACACAGUGGAGGAAAUUGUAAGAGAACUCCAAAAGUGUGAUCAUGUUUGCCUGCCGGACGGAUCCAUAAUUCAUACAGUUCGCUGGAAUUGAGCGAUUUUCGAUCUUUUAAACUAAUGUUAUGUUUUUAUUUGUUUAAAAUGUUGCCAACCGCUUUAUAUUUAUUUUCUUUUGGUAUAGAUUACUACAAUAAUGAAUACAAGACAACGAGACAGAAAAUGAAAAUUAGAAAAAAUUAAACCACAACACACUACAUUAAACGAUGCUAUUGAACUAUAAAAUGUUUUUCUUUGUCCUUAUCAAUUACAUUCUGUUGUUCGUAGCCAAACAAAAUUUAAGAAGGGAAAAAAUGCUUUCACCUAUAUUUAGAGAUAGAGCUCUGUAGAUAAGAGCUUAAUGAAAUAUUCAUUUAAUGAAUGAGCGUUCCAAGAAGAAGCUCUGUGUGUCGCCGGCGUUUAAAAGAUAAUAAGAAAUAAAGAA